CUCCACCACCCCUCCCCCCCCCCCCCCCCAGCGCAGGGCCCAACAAUGCAAAGCCGCUUUCUUUUCUGAUGUUGACUCUUUCGAUACAUGCCUUCACACGCGGGUGCCCCACGUACGAUCACUUGUAGAGGAUGUCUCAAUGGCUGUUACCUCUCUCUGUUUUUGUUUGGUUUUCUGCACAGAAUCCUUUGACGCUUGUGCAUAUUGUCUGUUUGUAUUUUAAGGUAAAAGGAAAAGGGUUGGUUCGGUGUGUGCCUCUUACAGGUCAAGAGCAGAACUACACAUAAUGGGUCGACACAUUAGGGUUUAUGUAAUAUGGGAGUUUUCCGUUUGUUGUUUUCGCGAUGGCGAUGGGUACGUAACUAUGCUGAACUUUGCGCAUUAACCAUCGAUGGGAAACCUGUAUCGAGGCCUCAGUCGCCUGCAGUUUCUCAAGUUAGGAUCCUUAAGUUGUGACGAAACAGGAGACACUCAUGACGUGUUGGCGUGAGAACGUGGGUCAGGCAGAAGAGACACAGGUUGCCGUGACUUCCUUCAUGUCUGAGGUUCGAGGUGGAAUCAUGGGAAAUGUUGUGUGUGUGUGGUGGGGGGCUACUUGCUUCUAAUUUUGAAUAGAUACGCCAAAGGCUUCUACUUGUUCUUCUGUGUUUUUUAGUGGUAUGUCUUAAUAAUAAUAAUAAUUAUUAUUAUUAUUGGUUUUGUUUCCUAAGGGUACUUAGUAGAAGAAAGAAACACCAUUGUUACCAUGGUGACAUAAUGUGCUUUUUUUAUCAUUAUAGUUGCACAUAUACAGCUUAUAUAAAGUAGGAGUAAAUGACCAUAACCAUAUUUUUUGCACAGUUUGUGAUAUAUAUUGAAGAAAAUAACUGUUUAUACUCGCCGGCUACCAUAUUAUUUGAUGUUGCAUCUGGUCCCGGUAUUUCAGAUGAGAAUUUGAGGUUCUUCGUUGUUCACCUUGAAGGAUCAGACUGCCUUUAUGUUCAACUUGGAGACUCUUUAAUAUUUCUUAGCUCAUCCCAAUCUAGAAUAGCAGACGGGAUUUUGAUCCAGUCUCCCAGUGGACCAGCUCCUAAAUGGAACGUUCUUGUGAACUUUGACCUGGGAGGGAGGAAUACAGCUAAUGCCAGCUACAAACCAAGCUAGUGCCAAAUGGGACGGCUGGAGGGGCGGGGUCUCGUCACUGUGUCAUGGGGGUGCUGCAAAGUGAAGUUAUCCUUGCUAAUUACAGUAUUUCUAAUUACUCUUUUUUUUUAUGUGAGACGUUGUAAUACAUUUGCAGUGAUGAAUCUAAGAUGAGUUUUCCAUUGAAGAGGCUUAACUUGUGUCCGUGCUCCAGACACUAGUUUGAAUGGACAAACACUUAUUCAUCAGACAGGUUGAGAACUUCACUGGGUCAAACGAGUCUUCAAAAUAAAGUCCAGUAUUGCAGCCAUGUGCUCGCUGUCUUAGCGUUACUAACCUCCAUCUUGGUUUAGGCCAGUCACGCAUGGUCCAUGUUUAAAGAAUGCCCAUCACUUCCACUGAUGGCACAUGCCACCGCACUGCAUUUUGGUACAUCAGGUUUAGUUGGUUUCAGUCAAAGGCAAGAUGAUUCUCCAUGGUAGGAGAUGGAUCAAAGACUGGGACCGCUGUAGGUCAGAAAUGCAGACCCCUCAGUUUCUUUUGAACCUCUGUACUAAACUGCUUUAUAGGAUGUCUCGCUGGUCAGCCUAUUGAAGGUUUGGUUCGAAGCAGUAGGUUAUCUGUCCUAGACUUCUAGAAUGCUGUGAGCUUUGUCACAUGACUGGUUUUAAGAAGUGCCUCCAUUUCACUCCCUCUGGACACAUUUAGUACCAAGUCCUGUUUGACAGUUUUUCUUAUUGGCACAUUGAACGUUUAUGUUCCUUCUGAUUUGAGCGACGUGUGUUGGUUGGGACGUUCGCUAUGGGUGCAUCUUUGUUACACGGUUCAAACAUGGAACUGGAAUUUAUUCUCCUUAGCCUGAAGGUGUCUAAUGUUUUGUCUUUGCAUACUAGGUGUGCCAACAACCAGAGAUUCAUUUCGGCACAGGGUUUAAGUCCACGAGAGUCCUUCUAAUGGGGGACUUGAAUCAAAUAGUUGUGAAGAUGAUAAUAAUAUGUAUUUUUCCACAUGCUGAACUAAAUAUUCCGGAGAAGUGAUGGGAAGGCAUUGCCUUGCUAGAUUUAGCAAAGUUGUUUAACUAAUCUUAAACUAUGUUUAAGUUUUGGAUAUAUUUGCUGUUUGUCCUUGGUAAUGUCUUUUGAGUUGAUUACAUUUUGUCUGGCAUUGUUUCUUGUUGGGAAAAAAAAAAGGCUUCUGAAAAAAAGAAUCUUUUUUUAAAGAAUACUCAUUUUCCAUUGAAUAAAAUCGUAAUUCACCAAUUGGGAUAGAUUAUGUCAUUGAUGGCUGUGUUUAGUUGAUUUGAUUUGACUCAUUCUACAGCCUUUCUCACAGAGAAAAUUCUAACGUUUUGAGAAAUACAGCAACAACAAAAAACAACAUUAUGCCUACCUUCAUUUUACUUUUCUUUUCUUAUGAAUAUACCGUUUCCCCCCCAUAUAGACUGUACCACACAUGUAUCAUAUAUUAAGUGGUUUGCCUUUUUAUCCUCUGUUCAUAUCAAAAGCAUCAUUCACUUUCAGAAGUACUUUUGACUAACCAGUAAGGGAGGUGAUUUAAGCGCAAACCCGAUCAUAACCACAAGUGAACGCAAGUGUCCAAACCCAGACCUUGUUCGUUGAGUCUGGUACGGUACAAAAUCCAUUUCCUAAAUGUCGCGUUUUGUUUUUCUGUCUAGGAUACUGUAAUCAGGGCUUAUAGAGAAAAAGACUGCUUAAUGCUCCCGUUUAUCAUGCUCUUAAUGUUUGUAAAAAGGCUACUGUGUCCCCAAAGCUGUUGCAUUGGCCAGAGGACCAUUUUUCUAUUGUCGUUCUUAUCCUUAUGAUGACUACUGUACAAGGUUUGAUUUUACCAGUUGUGCUCAGAGUUUUAAUCAUUUUGGUAUAGGUUGUCCUGAUGGCGGGUCAAGCAAUAAAAAAAUUCUUACAAGUAAUGGAAGUGGUCCUUUUAUAUAUAUGUGUGUGUGUGUAUGUCUGGUUAUUUGCGUGUUGUUGUUUUUAAUUAGUUUUUUCCUGUUUGGCUUUGUAAAGUGUGUUUAAAGUUACUGAUUUCUGUGGAUAAAUGGGGCCAGGUUUCAUCUGCAGGACUGGCAGCGGAUACCCUUUCAGAUGCGUCUCGUGAGCCCAGUGAAGUCCAUAAAAUAAGUGCGCUCAGUCGUUCGGAGUGCAGCACAGUCUGUAAGAACUGUACUUGUUUUUUUUCCGUUACUAAAUUGAAUGCUCCAGUUAUUAGCUGCAGCUACAUCCGUUUUCUAUUUAGGAUCAAAUGAAUCGAUACUGCACUUAAUUAAACUGCAAAGUUGACUUGUAUUCUGCGAAUAGUUACCACUGUGCCUUUAAAACAGUUCGGACUUUUCCGUAAUGCUUCGUUUACAGCGACAGAACGGCUGAACGCUUUCCUCCAGACUGCAGCCGUACCAGCCCACUUACCACGAAUACAGUAUAUUGGAAACCUUUUUGACAUUUUUAAACGUAGAACAGUGCUUUUGGAUACCACCAACCACUCUGCAGAUGCAGGCCAUCAAAUGCGUAGUUGUUGGCGAUGGAGCGGUGGGUAAGACAUGUCUUCUCAUCAGCUACACCACCAACGCCUUCCCUGGGGAGUACAUCCCCACCGUGUUUGAUAACUACUCUGCUAAUGUGAUGGUGGACGGGAAGCCGGUCAACCUGGGUCUCUGGGACACGGCUGGACAGGAGGACUACGACAGACUCAGGCCACUGUCUUACCCACAGACGGAUGUGUUCUUAAUCUGUUUUUCCCUGGUGAGCCCUGCAUCGUUUGAAAACGUCAGAGCUAAGUGGUACCCUGAGGUGCGUCACCACUGCCCCAACACGCCCAUCAUCCUGGUGGGCACCAAGCUGGACCUGAGGGAUGACAAGGACACCAUCGAGAGGCUGAGGGACAAGAAGCUGUCCCCCAUCACCUACCCCCAGGGCCUGGCUAUGGCCAGGGAGAUAGGGUCGGUGAAGUACCUGGAAUGCUCCGCCCUCACCCAGAGAGGACUGAAGACCGUCUUCGACGAGGCCAUUCGCGCCGUGCUCUGUCCUCCGCCAGUCAAAAAGAAGUGCAAAAGAUGCACCGUCUUCUGAGACCUUCCGGAAGGAUCCUCCAGUCUGGAGAAAGAUCACUGUUGUCACUCACACUUAUGGGGUGGGGGACUAGUAAGUGCUUGAAACGCUGAUAAACUGUCUGGUGGCAUUGGAAAAGGUUCACUAUGGCCAUAUGCAACGCCCCCUCAGUCACUGCUUAGGAGAAACCCUGAUACUGAAGUGAGGUGGUCCGUUAUAGAUAGACAGUGAACUCAACUUUGGGUAAUUCUGAUUAUAAUGUGUGACCUGUGCCUUAAAUCAAUUGGAUGGAUAUACAGGGCCAGUGUCUCUAAUGAUGAAGUGAAAAAUACGAAAUUUCAAUUUCUAUUUGGAUGAGAGACAUAGUUAUGGCAAUUGUUUUUUUUUACGUUGCUGAACCUUUUUCUUGAAAAAAAAGGACUAAUUCCCUAAUCUAUUCUAAGCUUUUUUGCGAGCUGGGGAAUUUUGCGUGAUGUGGCUUGCUUUUUUAGCAGGUAUAUUCUCUUUUCUCAAAGCUUAAGAGUCUGUGUGUUUGUAAAGCUUUGAGAGUGUGUGAAAAUGUAUUGUGGAUAGCUUCUGUUUGUCCGAACACUGUAGAAUGUAAAACACUUACAACGUUUAAUGGAUUCCAGCCAAAACAAUUGCAUUUCCUUUACCAUUGUGGAAGUUUACGUGACUUGUGUUGGCAUGCCCCGCACACCCUUCUAUUUUCAGUUCCUAUAAGUGGCCUCAAGACAAAGUAUUUGCGCUGUCCAUAACUAAUAUUUGUUGCUUUUUGGUAUAAAGUGCAGUACAUGUUUUUCUCAGUUUGUUCAUCAUUUUGUCAUCAAUUUGGCCAGACCAAAAGGCAGUUGUUGAUGAGGUUGGCAGCUUUUUGAACAAUCCUCUUUGUCGGACGUUGAUGUGCUUGCUCAUAGACUAGAGAAACCAUUGAGUAACUCUACAAUGGCAGUCUUUAAAUAGAUCCUGUUUUGCCUUUUUUUUGCCUUGCACUAAAUAAGAAUCUCUUUACAGCUUCAUUUGAUGCACACUGGUGAGAAAAGGUUGACAGUGUGGUGUGGGCAAGUGUGCCUGUGAGUAAACUAGCAUGCCAAAAUGUGAGCUUCUGGAACUCAAACACGUAACCGAUCUCGCUUCAAAGUACAUAUUCUGGAAGAAUCCAAGCCUGAGUAUUAUUUUGUGCUGCUUCUGUCUGUGGGAGAAAGACUGGAGGACAGUUUGUCUUGAUUUCAGUAACCAGCGUUUUGAUUCUCUAGUAUUUCUUCUGUGAUAAUAUAUUGAAUUGUGAAGAGAAACUUGAAAAGAAUAAAAAAAGGACAUUUAAUUGUUUCAAAGUGUGUCUUGACAAAAUAAACUCCUUAAUACCC